AUGUCGAACGUAGAAACGUUGCUUACUAUCCUUCAAAAAACAGACUCGAAUGUUAACAACGAGUUGGUUGCUGCACAGCAGUAUCUUGAGGAGGCUGCUAAGGUUGAUUUGCCGGGUCUAUUGAAAAAUCUUAGUGAAAUUCUUGCAAACCCACAAUGCGAUCCAAUUUCACGUAUGCAAGCUGGAUUGCAAUUAAAAAAUGCGAUUUACUCCAAGGAUAUAGCUGUUCGGUUCAGUUAUCAUGAUCGAUGGCUUCAGAUGCCUCCUGAAUAUACGAAUUAUAUCAAGACAAGGUGUCUUGAGGCUCUUGGAACUGAAACAACCGCUCAUAGUACUGCUGCUCAAUGUGUCGCUCACAUCGCAUGUGCCGAAAUUCCAUCCAACCGAUGGCCUGAUCUACUGACGAAGCUAGUUUAUAAUGUGACCAAUCCAAAUAGCACUGAAAGUCUGAAGCACUCUACUAUAGAAGCCAUCGGAUACAUCUGCCAGGAUAUUGAUCCAGCAAUUCUAUCUAAUCAAUCAAGUGAAAUUCUGACAGCCAUUAUCUACGGGAUGAAGAAGGAAGAACCUAGUGGUAAAGUCAAAUUGGCCGCUACAAAUGCUCUUCUUAACUCUCUCGAAUUCACAAAGCGCCAUUUUGACGUUGAACAUGAACGCAACUAUAUAAUGCAGGUUGUUUGUGAAUCCACGCAAUCUCCUGAUCCUUUGAUAAGAAUUAUUGCUCUGCAAUGUCUUGUCAAAAUCAUGUCAUUGUACUACAGCUAUAUGGAGAUGUAUAUGAGUCAAGCCAUAUUUGCAAUCACGUUAGGUGCAAUGAAAUCGGAUAUCCCCGAAGUUGCACUACAAGGUAUAGAGUUCUGGUCAACUGUCAGUGAUGAGGAGCUUGAAUUAGCUAUAGAUGCCGCUGAAUGUGCCGAAAAGGGAAUUCCUCCCACCGUUGCGUGUAAAUUCUAUGCUAGAGGAGCUCUCCAUUUUAUUGUUCCUAUUUUAAUGGAGAUUCUAACAAAGCAGGAUGAGGGAGAUGAUGACGAUGAAUGGAAUCCGAGUAAAGCAUCAGGAGUCUGCAUCAUGCUCCUCGCACAAGCUUGUGAAGAUGCAAUUGUGGAUAUUGUUGUUCCAUUUGUUAGGGAACACAUUCAAAGUCCCAACUGGAAGUUUAGGGACGCCGCUGUAAUGAGCUUUGGCAGCAUCCUAGAGGGUCCGAAUCCAGAUGCUCUUAAGCCAUUGGUUGUUUCAGCUAUGCCAGUUAUCAUGAACAUGCUUUCUGACCAGUCUCCAGCUGUACGGGAUUCUACAGCGUGGACUCUUGGCCGGGUCUGUGAGAUUCUUCCUGAGAUUGCACUCGCUCCGGAUUACCUCAGCCCUUUGAUCAAUGGACUCGUCAAUGGUUUGAGGUCAGAACCUCGAGUUGCAUCAAAUGUCUGCUGGGCGUUUUCAAAUCUUGCCGACAGUGCUUUUGAUUUGGUUUCUGAACAGGGUUUGGAACCUCAGACUUACGCAUUGUCACCAUUCUUCAAGGUUAUUGUUGACGGUCUGCUAGCCAUCACUGAACGAGCAGAUGGAACUCAAAAUAACCUUAGAAAUGCUGCCUACUCAGCUUUAAUGGCUUUAUUGAGGUCGGCAGCCAAGGAUUGUUAUGAAGAUGUCAAACGUGUUACUUCUGUUAUACUUGAAAGACUCAACUAUGUGAUGAGUUUAGAGGGGCAGGUCGUUUCUACUCAAGACCGAGCUCAAUUCAACGAUCUGCAAUCCCUUCUCUGUGCCACUCUUCAGUCCGUCCUCACCAAAAUCAGUAAAGAAGAUGCUCUUGCUUUGGCUCCUACGAUCAUGAGUGCUCUUAUGGCAAUGUUAGCUUCGAAAACUAACAACCCCGACGGAGGAGCUGGUGACCAAGCUCAAAAUUCAAAGGAUGCUGUAUCUUUGACUUCCUCUGGUGUCCAAGAAGAUGCCCUUUUGGCUCUUUCCUCACUUCUAGAUGUCAUGGGCGAAGCUUUCUUGCCAUACAUUGACUCGGUUUUGCCUAUUCUCUAUCGAUGUCUUUACACUUGCGCUGAAACUCAGGUGUGUAUCAAUGCAAUUGGUCUUCUUUCCGAUCUUUGCCGUGUAAUUACCCGGAACAUUGCUCCAUAUUGUGAUACCAUUGUGCAAAUUCUAAUGGAAGUUCUACAAAGCACCACUGCUGACAAGUCAAUCCGUCCUGCGAUUCUCUCAGCCUUUGGUGAUAUCUCACUUGCACUUGGUCCGGGCUUUGUUAAGUAUCUCCCUGUUGUCUUGGAAACUCUUCAACAGGCUACUAGGGCUGAAGUUGAUUUGAAUGAUCCUGACAUGGUAGAUUAUCUGAAUUCCUUAUGGGGCAGUUGCUUGGAAGCUUACACUGGUAUUAUUCAGGGCAUGAAAGACAACGAAAAUGGGCAACCUAAUCCUCAUUUGCAGUUCAUUGCUCCUCACGUUAGCUUUAUCAUCAACUUUAUUGAGCACAUUGGGAAUGAAGCUCUUGUCAAUGAUGAACUUGUCUCCUCUUCUUGCGGUCUCAUCGGUGAUAUUGUAUCAACAUUCGGAGGUGAUAUAUUGCCCUAUAUCAGCGUGACACCUUUGCAGAAUAUGCUACAAUUAGGCCGACGUUCAAAGUCAUCCCAAACUCGUACUGUGGCUCACUGGGCAACUAAGGAGAUUAAGAAGUUGCAGAAUGCUGCCAAGGCUGCUGGAAUUGAGCCACAACAAUUCAGCGAUGGAAACAAUGCAAGUCCCUCUAUGCUCACUACAGGCGGAGAUCCAGUUAAUUCCAUGAAGUCUUAA